UUGGACAUCAGUUUGAUUCUACCAUCCGCCAAGCCAAGAUGUCUUCCAACAAGUGCACCAUCGUGUUCGUCCUCGCCUGCUGUCUCCUGGCUCUGGCGUUUGCCUAUCCCCAGCCCGAUCCGGCGGCGGAGUACUACGAUGGAGAUCUGUCCCUGGUUCGCCAUGUACGCUCUCCCGAAGGCGGCUCUGUGGUUGUGGAGGCCAGCAAGGAUGCCCAGAGAGGCCGCGAGGCCAGCGUGCAGUACAAUCACAAUCUGUACUCAAGCCGCGAUGGGCGUGGCUCUGUCGAUGCCUAUGCCCAGGCAAGUCGCAAUUUUGAUCACAAUCGCAACGACUAUGGCGGCGGCGUUAGGGCCUCCUGGAAUUUCUAAGGAUUGUUUGGCAGUAUUUCAAUGACAAUAAACACAAGAUACAUAUUACAUUC